CCGAAAUUGCCAUGAGUGGAUACAGAGCGCUGUGAGUGUGUACACAAGGUCAAAAGCCAUUCUGUUUCACGUCGACUCCGUCCGUGCCGGAGAUGAGCGCGGUGCACCUUAUCUCCCGCCGGCAAACUCCUCUGUUCCUUUCUUCUUCUCCAAAAUCUCAACUCCGUCAAUUGUGCACCGCCGCCGCCGUUUCUGCACCCUUGAAACCUUGGUUCACUCCACCUCCUACUCCGCCAAAACCUCCUCAAAACAUUCAUAUCGAUCCAAUCCUCACGAGCCUUUCAGAAGCCAUAACGAAUUCCACAAGGAAAUCCCUCCAAGCCUCCCUCAAAAACGUCCUUCCAUCUCUUAAACCCCAACACAUCAUCGACCUAAUCAAUCUCAACCCUCACUCUCUCCCCACUUCAUCUCUGUACUCCUUAUUCACAUGGCUUUCCUCUCACUCAUCCCCUUUCCGCCACACCCUCCACACCUACUGCACCAUGGCUCACCUCCUCUCCGCCUCCAACAUGCUCCCACAGGCUCAGUCUCUUCUGCAAACAAUUGUUUCGAGAAAAGGGAAGAAUUCAGCCUCUGCGAUUUUUACUGCCAUUCUUGAAUCUAAAGGUACACCGGACUCCAUCACCCGGCUUUCCUGCUGCCUCAUAGUUCUGUAUCUCGAAUCUGGUUUUAUCUCGGAUGUUAUCCAGUGUUUUCGGAUUAUCAAAAAGCAUAGGUUGGUUAUUCCGCUUCAAGCUUCUUCGCGGGUGAUUGAUCAUUUGAUGAAAGCUGCACCAUUGGUAGGUUGGGGGUUAUAUAAGGAGCUAUUAGAAGCAGGGUGUCCUCCAAGUGUGUAUUGUUUCAAUAUGUUGAUGCAUAAAUUCUGCAGGGAAGGCCAACUGAGGGAAGCUCAUUUGGUUUUUGAUGAAAUUAGGAAAUGGGGCAUAUUGCCUACAGCUGUUAGCUUCAACACUUUGAUCAAUGGAUAUUGCAGAUCAGGUGAUUUAGCUGCAGGGUUUAGGUUUAGGACUGAAAUGGAGAAGACUGGAGUAGUUCCAGAUGUUUAUACUUACAGUGCUUUGAUCAAUGGCCAUUGCGAGAAGUGUUUAAUGUCUGCUGCAGGAAAAGUGUUUGAUGAAAUGUGUGAGAGAGGUUUACUCCCCAACCAUGUGAUCUUCACAACAUUGAUUAAAGGGCACUGUAAAGACGGGCGGGUUGACUUUGCCAUGGAUGUCUAUCAACGCAUGCUGAGAAACCACAUUUGGCCCGAUCUGAUCACAUGUAACACACUACUUGAUGGGCUUUUGAAGAGCGGGGACCUAAUGGGGGCCCGGAAACUCAGCUCCCAAAUGAACGAAAAAGGUAUAAGGCCCGAUAAGAUCACAUAUACCACACUCAUAGAUGGCUAUUGCAAGGCGGGAGAUGUAGACGCUGCGUAUGAGGUCCAAAAAGAAAUGACAGAAAAUGGGAUAAUGCUCGACAAUGUAACAUAUACGUCCUUCAUCACAGGUCUAUGCCGAGAAGGGAAGUUAGUAGACGCGCAGAGAAUGUUAAGAGAAAUGUUGAGUGUCGGUUUAAAACCUGAUGUUCAAACAUACACUAUGGUCAUUGAUGGCUUUUGCAAGAAGGGAGAUGUGAAAAUGGGGUUUGAGCUGUUGAGAGAAAUGCAAAGGGAUGGAUAUAGGCCGGGAGUGAUAACCUAUAAUGUUAUUAUGAAUGGUUUGUGCAAACAAGGUCAGAUGAAGAACGCAGAGAUGCUAUUGCAUGCUAUGCUUAAUAUAGGGGUUGUACCCGAUGACAUCACGUACAACAUUCUUUUGGAAGGACAUUUGAGGAAGCGCGUGAAGUUUGGUGAUGGCGGUGAUAUGAUUCUACGACGUGAAAUGGGGCUUGUUCUUGACUAUGCUUCUUAUUGUUCCCUAAUGGGUAGCUUAAAUGUAAAGAAAAAACAAAGAUGUUAAUACAAGUUGACCCUAAUGGAGUUGCAUAGCAAUUGUCGACAGCGUGUAGAAGCAAUGCUCACCAUCUAUGAAGCACGGAUACUUCCCUAGGGUAGCGUAUCGGCGUAUCGGAUACGUUCUCGUAUCCGAUACUCUAGGAUACCCGUACCGUACGUUCCCG